AUGUCGUCCACUGCUGUUCCCAAGCGCCAGGCGCUUCAUCGCAACCCCACCACCGAGUCGUCUGUACCUAACUCGGUCUCGGCUUCGCCCUUCGACAGCCCCCGCCAGUCGCCCUCGUCGACCUCUCUGUCUUCUAUGGCUUCAGAGCAGGAGGCGAGCAAGUUGGUAGACACCUUGGGCAACGAGUUCAAGAUCCCCGAUUUCACUAUCAAGCAGAUCCGUGAUGCCAUCCCUGCGCACUGCUUCCACCGCUCCGCCAUCACCAGUCUGUACUAUGUCUUCCGAGACUUCGCCAUUCUGGGAUGCGUCUUCUACCUCUUCCACAACUAUGUCACCCCCGAGACUGUCCCCUUCAUGCCCGCUCGCGUGGCUUUGUGGACCCUGUACACUGUCAUCCAGGGUCUCGUCGGUACCGGUGUCUGGGUCUUGGCCCACGAGUGUGGUCACCAAGCUUUCUCUCCCUCCAAGGUGCUGAACGACACCGUUGGCUGGGUCUGCCACUCUCUCCUGCUUGUGCCUUACUUCUCCUGGAAGAUCUCCCACGGAAAGCACCACAAGGCCACUGGUAACCUUGCCCGUGACAUGGUCUUCGUCCCCAAGACCCGUGAGGAGUAUGCUACCCGUACCGGCCGCACCCUGCACGAGCUCGGCGAGCUCAUGGAGGAGACCCCCAUCCUGACUGCCAGCAACCUGAUCGCUCAGCAGCUGUUCGGCUGGCUCAUGUACCUCAGCACCAACGUGACUGGCCACAACAACCACGCCAAGCAGCCCGAGGGUCGUGGUAAGGGCAAGGCCAACGGAUGGUUCGGUGGUGUCAACCACUUCGACCCCGCUAGCCCUCUGUACGAGGCCAAGGACGCUAAGCUGAUUGCCCUGAGUGAUCUCGGUCUCUUCCUCACCGGUGCACUUCUGUACACCAUCGGCUCCAAGUUCGGCUGGCUCAACCUGCUGGUCUGGUACGGUAUCCCCUACCUCUGGGUGAACCACUGGCUCGUCGCCAUUACCUUCCUCCAGCACACUGACCCCACCCUCCCCCACUACCAGCCCGAGGUCUGGAACUUCGCCCGUGGAGCCGCCGCCACCAUCGAUCGUGACUUCGGUUUCGUCGGUCGCCACAUCUUCCACGGUAUCAUUGAGACCCACGUUCUGCACCACUAUGUCAGCAACAUCCCCUUCUACAACGCCGAUGAGGCUAGCGAGGCCAUCAAGGGCGUCAUGGGCACUCACUACCGCACCGAGGCUCAGACCGGCUGGACAGGCUUCUUCAAGGCCAUGUGGACCAGUGCCCGUACCUGCCAGUGGGUUGAGCCGAUGGAGGGUGCUACCGGUGAAGGCCAGGGUGUGCUCUUCUUCCGCAACACCAACGGCAUUGGUAUUCGUCCUGCCAAGAUGGCCAAAUAG